AAUUUGGGCAUAUUUAGUAUCAAAAGUUUUUUUGAGUUUAUUUUUUGUUUCCGUGACUAUUACCUUAGCUCAGAUAUUGUUUGGAUUUCGAGCAGUCAAACAGAAAAGAAGAGAUCCUUCCAUUAUAGUCAUCAAUGGAAGUUUAUAAUUCGCAAAACACCUUGGUCAGUUGAAGAUUGCAAUUCUGGUGCUGACUGCUUUUAUUUAAAUUAUUCUGCAAUACUAUCAUAUAGUCGAGAAGACCCGCCUGGCAUACCUAUUGAAAACUGCACACUUGAAAGUAAUUAUGAUGAAAAGGACGUCAUUUGCUAUUCAAUUGGUUUUCAUCCGGCUGUGGGGAUUGCUCUGCUUGGAGGCUUUAUCAAUAUAGUGACUCCUCUUCUGUUUGCUUUUUAUGUUGGAAUGCAGGUAAAGCUUUUUGGGAAAAUAAUCAAGAAAAUGCAUGAUGAUGAAAUGAAGGGAAAAUCUAAUCAUUACAGACGUUACUCUUAUAAAUUCCGGUGUAAACUUUUGAAAAUCAUGCUGUUUUACUCGCUAUUUCUCAAUAUAAUUUUAUGCGCAUUCAUAACUUUUGUUAUACUUGUGUAUCUUAAUUAUGAAACUCCCAAGGAUCACCAGAGCUCUUUUGAAAAGAUGUUUUCAUCUGAAUCAUUUGUUGGUCAAUCAAUUGCAUUCUGUAUUGUUAACUUUGCUUUCUGUAUGUAUCCAGUUAUGCUUAUUGAGCGAUAUCCAGCAACCCAGGAUAAUAAUGAACAUGAACAUGAUGAUGACAAUGAUGCUAUAAACCAGAACGAAGCUGCUAAUUUUGCAAGAGGAAGUUCAUCAAGAAGAGGUGCAUCAAGAGGAGGUUCAUCAAGAGGAGGUGCAUCAAGAGGAGGUUCAUCUAGAGGAGGUGCAUCAAGAGGAGGUUCAUCAAGAGGAGGUUCAUCAAGAGGAGGUUUAUCAAGAGGAGGUUCAUCAAGAGGAGGUUCAUCAAGAGGAGGUUCAUCAAGAGGAGGUUCAUCAAGAGGAGGUGCAUCAAGGUCCAAUUGUUCUUACAGCACUGCUUAAUUCUGAUGCUCAAUGAGUUAAUGCCCAGUGUUAUGCUCUAUAUAGAAACAUUAACUUUAUUUAUAUAGAAACAUUAACUUUAUUUAUAUAGAAACAUUAACUUUAUUUAUAUGAGCAUUUUACUUAUAAGGAA